CAGAGGUCAGCCAACAGCAGGAGGGUCACCGGAUACCUCACAGCUGUUCCCAGAGGCUAAGAAACGCUCUAACAGGGUCCGAUGUGUCAGAAAGCUGCUUCAGUCAAUGAAUCACCAGCUACAUCUGCUGCUGAGUGACUCACUCACCUCUCAAUCUGUGACAGGAACUUUGUCUCAAAGAUGCCUCUGGUCUUCAGCGUCUCUGAGAUCUGUCCCCGGAAGAGGAAGCCACGCUUGGUCAGAUCGAUCAGGAUCUGCCUGACGAUCUCUCCGAGGUACAUACCGCUGCACAUCUUCUCAUAUCUGACGCACAGAGUGCUGGCUGCAGGUUAGGAGGUGAGUGCAGCGAGUGGUCGUCCCGUUGAACCGUUCGGCCCGCGGCUAAAACAAUACUGAUCUACUGAGGCCAAAUCCAGAGCACAACACAAAGAGGCUUAUGUCACCGAGCAGGCCGGAGGAUUCGACCACAUCAGCACAUUGUUCAACGACAGAUACAAACAGGAUACAUCAGACAUUAUUUUAAAAAAUGGAGGAGUUAAAUCUUCCAAAGGACACACCAGAGUUCACCGAAGGACACCAGGAUGUUAAGGAGUGUCAGACUGUACCUGAUCCGUCGGGGAUGGACCUGACGAAGGUGGGCAGCAUCUUGGUGGUGGCGGUGGGGUUGGUGUCCCGGCCCAGCCCGUACUCCAUGUCCCUGCGGAACCGGUUCAUGACAUCCUUCAGCGUCUCGUCGGAGUAUCGCAUGGAGUACAGGAGUGACCUCAAGACUGGAGCCGGAUGACCUCCCAUACGCUCAGAGAAAUCACGCUCUAAAUCUGUGAGCAAGGUGCAGGCCCAAGCCACAGAGGCUAUGGCGGAACCAGCGUAUACCAUACCGGCGUUCCGGCAGAGGACUGAUGAGGGGACCGAGGAGUACCAGCGGGUGAGCACUAAUGUUGGGAGAGGACUGACUGUUAUUCAGGAGGAGCUCCAGAGGAUGAGGUUGGCUACCAAGGCCACAGUGGACAGUCUGAAUAUCCAGAGAGAGGUGAAGAGCAUGAUGACGAGGAGACCAGAUUAUUUGGAUGAUAUCCCCAAGAUGCCGGACUUCCUGGUGGCCCUGCGGCCCCACACCGUGUGGGAGAAGACCCCCGUCAAGCUGUUCUGCACCGUGCAGGGAACCCCCAGGCCCAUCGUUAAAUGGUAUAAAGGAGGCGUGCCAGUCGACCCCCUGAGCGCUCCAGGAAAGUACAAGAUUGACAACAAGUAUGGAGUCCACAGUUUGAUCAUUAGCAGGUGUGUUGUGAGUGAUACUGCAGAGUACAGCGCUGUGGCCACCAACCCUCAUGGCACAACUACCAGCAAGGCCAUGGUUAUUGUGAAGAGAGCAGCUGGAGCCGGAGAGGCCAGCCAUCUCGGACUCGUGCCUCAUCUGACUGAGAUCCAUGCCAGUAAGCUGGAGGUGACUCUGCUGGACCGUUUCCCAGUGUCCUUUGGCGUGGAGGACGGCUCCAUCAGUCUGGUGUGUGGCAUGGUGGUGGUCCCCGACCUCCCCAACCUCCCCCCCCUCGCCCAGUGGUACAGAGACGAUAAACUGCUGAAGCCCAGUAAGCUGGUGCAGAUGUCUGUGGGUGGAGGUGCCGCCCGUCUGACUCUCCCUCAGCUGGCCAAAGACGAUGAAGGCCUCUACACCCUCCGCAUCUUUACCAAGGACGGCACCGCUGAACACAGCGCCUACCUGUUUGUUUCAGAUGCCGCCCCCUCUAAGCCCGGGGCCCCUGGUGCAGCCAUGAGCGUGAAGGCGUAUGACAUCAACUCGGACUAUGUCUUGGUCGCCUGGAAACCCCCAAACACCGUCAACGAGGCGGCGAUCACCGGAUACUACGUGGAUCGGUACGAUGUUGCUAAAGACUCCUGGGUCCAGUGCAACGAUUCCCCGGUGAAGAUUUGUAAAUACCCGGCGACCGGCUUGAGCGUGGGACACUCCUACCACUUCAGGGUCAGAGCCGUGAACAGCGCCGGCAUCAGCAGGCCGUCCCGCAUGUCCGACAAGGUGACCGCCCUCGACGCUGCAGAGAGCGAGAGGCUCCAAGGUACCGAGGAAGGUGUCCCCUCCGCUCCAGGUACGAUCGUCGCCACCAGGAACACCAAGACGUCCGUGUUCGUUCAGUGGGACGCUCCCAAAGCUCUGAAAAACCUGAUGGGGUACUACAUCGACGGCCGCGUGGUCGGGGCCAAGGAGUGGUUCCCCUGCAACAACAAGCCCUUCAAACACAACAGGUUUGUCGUCCACCGCCUGAUCCCUGGAGAGUCCUACGUCUUCCGUGUCCAAGCCGUGAACGUCUUCGGCCUCAGCGACGAGUCCCAGGAGUCGUCUCCCAUCGCCGUGGAGCCGGCCCUCGCGACUCCCAGCGCUCCCUUCGGCAUCACCCUGCUGAGCAGCGACGGCUCAUCCGUGACCAUCGCCUGGAGCGCUCCCAAACACUGCGGCGGCUCCAAAGUCAACGCGUACUACAUCGACAAGAGGAACGCCGACACUCUGAUGUGGAAGGAGGUCAACCUGCAGGGCAUCAAGGAGAGAGUGUCCACCAUCGAUAAUCUGACAGAGGGAACCUUCUACGAGUUUAAGAUCCAGGCCGCCAACAUGGCAGGUGUCGGCGUCCCUUCAGCUCCAAGCACCCCCAUCAAAUGUGAAGCUUGGACCAUGGAGGAGCCAGGCCCCGCCUACGACCUGAGCUUCAGCGAGGUCAGGAGUCACUCCCUGGUCCUCCUGUGGAAGGCUCCCGUCUACACCGGAGCGGGUGCAGUCACUGGAUAUUUGGUGGACAUGGCCAAGAAGGGCUCAUCAGACUUUGUGACUCUGACCGAGGAGGCUGUGAGCCACCGUUACCUGAAGGUGAAAGAUCUGGUGGAAGGUGAAACCUACGUGUUCAGAGUUUGUGCCGUUAAUUCACACGGAGUUGGAAAAGCUUCCCAGGUGUCUGAGCCGGUCUGCGCCAGAGCUCUGCCAGGCACCAAGGAGAUCGUAGCUGGCGUGGACGAGGAGACCGGAGACGUCUUCCUGUCUCUGGAGGCCUGUGAGAUCUGCGACACGUCCAAGUUCAUCUGGUCCAAGAACUACAAACCCAUCGGAGACUGUCCCAGGGUCGCCGUGACAACCAAGGGCAGAACCUCCAGACUGACUUUCACUAACCCCGAUAAAGACGAUCUGGGAAAAUACUCUGCGGUGGUCACCGACACAGACGGAGUCUCUUCCAGCCACACUCUGACCGAGGACGCCCUGAACACCAUGCUGGAGCUGAGCUACGCCAUCAGACACCCCGUUGUUCCUCUGAAACACGGUCUGAGCUACGAGAUCCUGGAGAAGGGUCACGUGCGUUUCUGGCUGCAGGCCGUCAAACUGUCGCCCUCCGUGUCGUACAGGUUCAUCGUGAACGACAAGGAGGUCACCAGUGGAGAGGGACAAAAGAUCAGUCACGACGUGGCCUCAGGAGUCAUCCAGAUGACCGUGGAUCUUUUCACCAGAGCCAACGAGGGAACUUACACCGUCCAGAUCACCGAUGGGAAGGCCAAGACCCAGAGCUCUCUGGUGCUGGUCGGAGACGUGUUCAAAGUGGCUCUGAAGGAGGCCGAGUUCCAGAGGAAGGAGCACAUCAGGAAGCAAGGUCCUCACUUCUCUGAGUAUCUGUAUUUCACCGUCACCGAGGAUUGCACCGUCAUGCUCGCCUGCAAGGUGGCGAACGUGAAGAAAGAGUCGUCCUUCCACUGGUACAAAGAGGACGACGAGGUUGUUCCAGAAACUGCUCCUAACGUGUUGUCCGGAGCCUGCGCUCUGCCCAUCCCUCUGUUCUCCAGAAAAGAUCAGGGCAUUUUCAAAGCCACGCUGAGCGACGACAGAGGAAAGGACGUGUCUGUGAUCGACAUUUCAGGCCAAGUGUUCGAUGACAUCAUCAACGCUCUCGCCAAGGUCGCCGGUGAGUCCGCCUCUGACCUGGUCCUGCAGUGUACUCCAGAGGGCAUCAGGCUGCAGUGCUACAUGAACUACUACACAGAGGAGAUGAAGACCGUCUGGAAACACAAGGAGAGUAAGAUCGCCUCCUCUGAGAAGAUGAGGAUCGGAGGGACGGCUGAGAUGGCCUGGAUGCAGAUCUGUGAUCCCAGCGACAAGGAGAAGGGUAACUACUCCAUCGAGAUCUCAGACGGCGUCAAGACUCACACCAGGACCUUUGACCUCUCCGGACAAGCGUACACUGACGCCUACGAGGAGUACCUGAGACUGAAGGCAGCUGCAUUUGCAGAGAAGAACCGUGGCAGAGUGGUCGGAGGUCUGCCCGACGUGGUCACGAUCAUGGAAGCUAAGUCCCUGAGCCUGACCUGCACCGUGUGGGGCGAGCCGACACCUGAGGUCAGCUGGUUCAAGAACGACCAGGAAGUCGCCUCCAACGAGCACACCAAGGUCACGUUUGAAGGCGGCAAGUUCGCCAGCCUCGUCAUCAACAAAGUCACCCCCGACGACUCCGGCAAGUACAGCAUCAACGUGAGGAACAAGUACGGCGGCGAGUUCGUGGAGAUCACGGUCAGCGUGUACAAACACGGCGAGCAGAUCCCCGAAGCCAAACUGGGACAGGCCAAAACACCCGCUGCCACGCCCGCGUCCACGCCUGUGCCGCCCAGGUCCCCGGCUCCCUCCUCCAAGACCCCGACCCCCGUCCCAUCCAAGUCCCAGACCCCGAUGUCCAUGAAGAGCCCGACUCCGGCCUCCACCCCUGCUUCCACCCCCGUCCCCAAAUCUCCAACCCCGACCCCCAAGUCUCCAACUCCAUCUCGCGGCGUCAAGUCGCCAACCCCGCCCAGAUUCAUGAAGUCCCCUACCCCACCCAGGAAGUAAACCGGGGCGUUGAAGAAGUCCGAGGGGUUGGCUGUUAGCAUCGCUGAUUUCUAGCAUGAGUGUGAAACCGAGAGCUGUUACUAUAACGUUUAUGUAGACGCGGCCGCCGUUAGACGUCCCUCUUUGUGGACUAGCUGAUGGAAAAGUACAUUAGAGGGAUGCUAACAGCGGCGGCUAACAUUCAGUAGAUCUCAUUUACAGUUGUGUCAUUGAACUGGUCUCUGUGGGGGAGGAAGCAGAAACAGAAAAUAAAAGACCAGGGUAGAUGUUUAUGUUCAAUGUUGUAAGAGCUGCACCUUCCACUGAACUGUGGAACGCCUGUACACAUCAGGAUAAUUUAACAUUUAUCACAACUUUAGUCAAAGUUACAAAAUUCAACUUCUACUAAUGUCAUCAUCUAUAAAGAGAAACACAGAGCAGAAACAAACCUCCAGGUUAGACCGGGUUAUUUAUGCAGAAAGAUCAGACGUACAUGCCGGGUAUUGGGUAUGAUCUUGAAACUCUGCACCACAUGAGCUACCUUACAUCAUCGCGAUAUAUUGCACUUUAUGUAACCCCUAUAUCGUGACAUGUGACGUAGCAUGAGUACAAAUAGUUGCUCUUUUUGAUUUACUUACUCAAGUUUUUUCCUGCUCUUACUCUAUACCUGCAAUACAUUAGUUUUGCUGACUGUAUCACGAUAUAUCACGAUAUAUUAAGUCACAACCUUUAUAUCGUGAUAUAUUGAGUCUUUACCCUUACAUCGUGAUAUAUUGAGUCGUUACCCUUAUAUCACGAUAUAUUGAGUCGCAACCCUUAUAUUGCGAUAUAUUGAGUAGUCACCCUUAUAUCGCGAUAUAUUGAGUUGUUACCCUUAUAUCGUGAUAUAUUGAGUCGUAAUCCUUAUAUCGUGAUAUAUUGAGUCGUUACCCUUAUAUCGCGAUAUAUUGAGUUGUUACCCUUAUAUCGCGAUAUAUUGAGUUGUUACCCUUAUAUCGUGAUAUAUUGAGUUGUUACCCUUAUAUCGCGAUAUAUUGAGUUGUUACCCUUAUAUCGCGAUAUAUUGAGUUGUUACCCUUAUAUCGCGAUAUAUUGAGUUGUUACCCUUAUAUCACGAUAUAUUCAGUUGUUACCCUUAUAUCGCGAUAUAUAUUCAGUUGUUACCCUUAUAUCGCGAUAUAUAUUCAGUUGUUACCCUUAUAUCGCGAUAUAUAUUCAGUUGUUACCCUUAUAUCGCGAUAUAUAUUCAGUUGUUACCCUUAUAUCGUGAUAUAUUGAGUCGUAACCCUUAUAUCACGAUAUAUCCUGAUAACAAAGGUAUAGUUGCAAAUUGAAUGUUCUGAAUACAAGAGCGAUCAGAUUAUAUGCAUUUUUGUACUUUUUCCAAAACUCCUUAAUCAAUUAAUUUCUCACAGUAUCACGAUAUAUCGCGAUAUAUUGAGUCGUAACCCGUUUAUCGUGAUAUGUAAGGAUCAUGAGUACAAAGGAUGUUCUGUUGGUAAAAAAGUUGACCUUUUCUGAACUCAUGUUUGAUGCCUGCUCUUACUUUAUACCUUUAACUUUAUCACAAUAUAUCGCGAUAUACACUCUAAGUCGUAGCCCCUGUAUUGCGAUACUCCUAAUCUACCUCUGCAGGGCCGUAGCUUUCAUACAGGACUAUGUUUAUGAUGUCAUAUUGAAUGAAACCAAAGUUGUGAUGAAUCUUGAUUAUCCUCCUUAAACUGGACGACCUGAGAGCGAUCAGGCACAGAGCCGGGGUUUAACUGUCAGUACCUGGUGAAGAUACUGGAUUAUUUUGUGUUUCUGCUCUGGGAGGGUUAACUUGUUCUCCUUUGAUGAACGGCUACUUUUUGUCUCAUGUGUAGCUUCAUCACUCUGAGAUCUAAAUUAUUCACUCCUGGUCUCUGUCCAUCUGUCUGUCCGUCUGUCUGCUGUCUGUCCCCCGAUGCUUUGUGAUGGCAAUAAACUUUAUCAACCUCCUGAUAAA